AUGGUGCAGCAGAAAUUGACCGUGUUUGCGCACCUGGUGGCAGAUUUUACAGGCCCGCUCACCAAAGACAUGACUGCAGAGAGCUUUUCCGACCGUUUGGUGCCCUUCACCUUGACUACUUGGCUUUUCCUGCUCUUCUUGUGUUUGAUCUUCUUCGCACACGAGACAUAUGCUGCAAGGGUUAAACCUUUGUUGGCGAACGAAGAGAAGUCUAGCACUGUGCUUUUUCAGUCGUCCUUGCUCUUCUAUUGGUUUUACGGCUACGUCAAUGAAGCGAUGCUGAUGCCCGUGACCUUGGACUUCGCGGCCAGCAUGGGUCAAAGCGCCACGAUGUCCGGCUUCUUCAUUAGCUGCUCGCUGGUGGCCUCGAUUCUGGGAGUGGUCAUGGGUAAGAGGGUGGUGAGUGAGGCUUCGUGGGAUCAGCGCGUGGCACGUUCUUUGAUUUUGUGGUGCGGCCUCAUCUCGAUCCUCUUCGUGCUCAUGGAAGCGGCCAUCUCUAACUCUGCGGUUCAUUUGAGCAUACACGCGAAGCGGGUUCCUCGAACUGUGGAGUCCUUUCUAUAG